AUGGGCCAAAGUCCAAUCUUUGAGAUGAUUGCCAUCUCAAAGAGGGAAUUGUACGCAGAAAAGGUUGCGCGGGACGAGGAAAGCGAGCCACUGUCAUACUACGAAGAAGACGAAAGACAGACACUGGUCAUCAGAGGCAAGUCAUAUGUCAUUUUGAAGUGCCAUGUCGAAGAGUAUCCUCUCUUGGUCGAAGGCGAUAUUCACGGAACUGCCGGUCAUACCGUGGUCCAUUUUCUAUACACGGGUAAUUACCAGACGAUCGAUUCGCCCCCAGAUUCGCCCUUCGAGCUAUAUGUGAGCUUCAAUGAGCGAGAGUUCCAACGAAGUGUUUAUGUCUACCUGGCAGCAAGAAACUGCCACCUCUCCGGCCUCGUAACACUUGCCUGCGAGCGAAUUGUGGAAUACAGCACAGAGAUACCCAUGCUUGAAGUACUGCGUUGGACAGCGGAGAUAUUCCCCAAGCUUCCCAAAAAUGAAGUCUGGCUUCAGACCUUCGUGGGAACGAUGCUGCGGCGGUCAGCUAAGCAAGGCGAUUGGAAUCUCGAUUUUGACGAUAUGUCUAAAAUGCUUGCAAAGAAUCAUUCUUUCUUCAAAGCUAUCUCUAACCACAUGUUUGAUCACUUGGACUGGACCGCUGGAUAUUUGGAACUAUUUGGAACCGAGCGCCGCUAUGAACUGGCCAAAAUUCUCCGCUUGUUCACCAAGCAGCGGUGUGUUGCCUGUCAAAAGCGUCCAGCUCCUGAAUCAGAUGCCGCUGAGAAACAUACUGAGACCCACGGGACUGCAAAUCUCGAAGAGAGCCAGGAUCAGGCCUUGCCAGACAUGGCAAAUGCUGUUAGCGACAGAAAAGAAACCACAACAAGAACAAAAAGGCGAAGAAGGGCGUGA